UGCCCGCAUACUCGGCAUUCUCGGCUCUCCCAGCUCACCUGGCAUCGCCUCCUCGGCGGCGGGGCUCGGGAGAGCGGCGAGAGGCUCGGCGCGGUGGCACCGUCCCGGGGAGAAGCGUGAGGAGGGGCUCAGCGGGGCCGCUUCCCCCGGGGUUCCCGUUCCCUUCGCGGCCGGGGCCCGGGAGGUGCCUUCUGCCCGAGCCCCGCGAGGCCCGGGGCUGCCCCGGCCCGUUGAGGCGGAGGGCGGGCGGUUUUAGCGCCUGGGACCCGCCCGGGGCGUUAUUGCUGCCCCGGCCGCUGGGGCUGUUCGGUCACUUCUGGUGUUAGCUGGGUAUAGCUUAGUGUUAUGGGUGAUACAGAAGAAGCUAAAAUGCAGAUAACGCCAGAAACUCCAGGACGAGUCACAAUUCUGAACCCUUUUGAAAGUCCCAGUGAUUAUUACACUCUUCAGGAGCAGAUUGUUUCCAGUCCUUCAGUCUUUAAGUCAACGAAAUCCUCAUCUACACCAGGAAAAUUCAGAUGGUCUAUUGAUCAGCUUGCUCUAAUAAAUCCUGUGGAAAUAGACUCGGAGGACAUUCGACGCCAAGGAAUGUAUUUGAGCCGUGCUAGAAUUGAUAAGGAGACAGAAGACAGAAGGCAAAAAGCUAUUGAGGAGUUUUUCACAAAAAAACUCAUCGUUCCUUCUCCUUGGACUGAACAUGAAGGCAAACAAGUUUCUCAGUUUAAUUCAACUAAAUCCAUAGAUAUAAAUAACAUUUCCCCGAUUGGAAGACAGCUGAGCUUGCAGCCUGGGAAAAGCAAUGCUGCUUGUCAGACAGUACUGUCCUUGCCAGUGGAUUUUAAUUUAGAGAAAAUACUAGGUGAAUAUUUUAGAACUGAUGAAUUUGCAGAUCAGUCUCAGGAAAAUCUGAGCUCUUCAUCACUCAGAAGAAAGCUGUUUUUAGAAGAGAAUGGGAAUGUAUCUGCAUGUUUGUCCCCUUCUUUGCAUAGUCCAUGUGGUAGUCAGCCACUUGGAGUGCUUUGUUCCAUAGAAUUAUCUCCAGUUCGGUGCAGAAGCCCUCUGGACACAUCUAGUUCAGGUCAGUUUUCAUCAAGUCCUAUUCAGGGAGGAACAAGAGCUUAUAGUCUAGGAAGUAUAACCAGUCCCCCAUUUUCAGAGGGGUCUCCUGCACCUAAUGGUUCUCCUGCUUUUUCACCAAUUGCUUUUCACAUAAGAAAAACACCACUCUCAGACCAAAGAAAAUUUACAUUUCGUUCUCCAGAUAUUCCUUCUUCCUCAAGUAGGAUGACACCCCCAAGUACAAGAAGUCCUUACAUAGAUGGUUGUUCUCCAAUUAAAAAUUGCUCUCCUAUGAGACUUGGAGCCUGUAGAGGAACUGCCCAAUAUCAGACUUCUGUCAUUAGAAUACCAAUUGCAGUUGAGAAUCAUGAGGAUGAGGAGGACAAGGAAAACGCUUCUCCAGCAGAAGCUCGCUUCCCAGAAAUGGAUAAUGGAAUAAAGGUACAUCAGGAAGACAGUGAUACUUUUGGACAUGGUACACAUCUCGUGGUGGCAACUGUGUCUAUUGCACCAGAUCGCUCAGAGGGUUGUCAUCAAAGGUUGUCAUCAUUUCAGGACAUAGAAGGCUUAAAGGAAAAUAAUACUGUAGACAUGGCUGAUGCAGCUGAAGUGUCGGAGGAAAACACUUGGAUGAAAGAAACAAUUGGCAGUAGCAAUACACCAAUGACCAGCUUUAUGACAGGCAUUACUUUCAGUAUUGAAAGCUCUCGCAUGUGCAUGUCACCUCUUGCAGAAAGCAGCGCAAUUCCUUGUGACAACAGUAGUAUUCAGGUGGACAGUGGUUACAAUACACAGACUUGUGGAAACAGCAUUAUGGAUACUGCAGGGGCUGAGAACAGUUGCAGAGAAAAUGAUGUGAACACUAUCAUGUUUCAGAAUAAAUCUCAGCUGCUUAGAACAAAGGAGUGUUCUGUUUUAAGCCAUAAGGACAAUCAGUUGCUGGGAACAAAAUCUCCUGAGAAGCAAUCCUGUUUUCAAAAAGCCAAAACACAUAGCACAGUAUUUGGUCAAAAUGCAACUUGCAACAUUUCUGCUUGGAAACAUAAAAAUGAAAAUCAGGUUCGGGGAUUUCACAAAAGUGAAUUGUAUUCCUUCUGUGACUAGGGUGGAUUCCAUGAGCAGCCUAGGAUAACUUGCAUAGGAACCAGUAUAACUGCAAAAUCACUUACAUUUUAAGAUUUGUCCCUCCUAAAGGCAUGAGGGACAUUCUUCUUUGUGGGAAAGAAAAGUGGAAGAAGUAUUAGUGUGGUUUUGGAUUGCUUUUCUCCAGCCAGAUAUAUUGUGUGGCUUCAAAAAUACUACCACUAGUACCAAGAGUAAGUCACUGGACAGAAGUGAACUGUUGGGGUGUGAUGAGAGCAAAUGCCAAGUUUAGUUCUCUUAGAAAUAUAAAAUGAGCUUUAUGUCAAAAGAAGUUGUUUAGUAAUUCUCUAAACAGCUUUUUCCUUGGCUUGACAGAGAUCUGUGAUGUUAGUUAGGUUUAAGUAAAAUGUAUUAUUGGUUACCUUAAAAUUAAAAGCUAGUGUUGUGGCUUUGGUAAUUGUUUUAGUACUAAACUUGGAGUUGAUCACCUGACACUACCAGUGUCUCUGAAGAACAACUGUGUCCAAAUUGAUGUUCUGGUACUCUUUGGAAGGAACCUAAGAAGGUGCCGUAAGAUUCAUUGGUCUCAGUACUGUCACUAAGAAAAUGGUGCAGUCUUUCUUAAUUCCUAGUAUUAUUAUGUUGCUUACAGAAAUUACCAAAAUACUUAGUAAAUCCUUAAAAAAAACCCAAACUUUUGCAUGCCAUUUAUUACCAAAAGUAUUAAUACAAGCAAACCUUUGAUCCUUUCAAGAAAACCAGCAGUUAAGUAAAAUGAUGGAUUGAAGGGGGGUGUCAGAAGCCCAGAACUCGCUUUGUGUAAUCAAAUCAGAUUUAGUUGAAUUUGCUUGUAUUUGUUUAAGAGAACCUUCUGGAAUUUAUAAAUGUGAAUUGGGGGAAAAAAUCCAUAUGGCAAUCUUGUGGCCCUAGUGACCAAGAGGGAAAGAAGAGCUAAGGGAUACACUGGUAUUUUUGGGCUCUGUUUAUGUAGAGCUCUGGUAAACUUCAUUAAUGUAAAAGAGAAGUCCAUUCUAACAAGUGUUCCAGGUGAAGCAGUCAUCAUCUCUUUUCAUGGCAAGGAUGUCCCAGGAUACCGGAUGGAAGUUCUGCUUUCUGUUCUAUUCCACAACUCACAGAAAAGCUUGUACCAAAGCGACAGACAGUGGCUGAUGAGCAGCUAUUGGCACACUAGGCCUGAAACCUACUGGUCAUAUUGGUCAGAUCUAAAUUGGAAGGCAAGACAGCAUUUUAAAAAAAAUCUCGAAAGGGGAGGUGUGAACAGAAUGUCUUGGCAUUAAAAUCAAAUCUCUUGGCAUUAAAAUCAAUGUGUUAGACCUGAGAGUUGUGUGUUGUUUGACUAGAACAGUUCUUGAAAUACUUCCAUUAAUAAUUUCCUAGUGAAGGCUUUAUGAAAAGUGCAUUUAAGAAAAAGGAAAACGUCUGUCCACAUCACUUGAUUGUAGAUCUCACAUUGCAAAAAUAAAUAUAAAAAAGUUUACUUUAGAAAUCUAAUGAGCAAACAUGAUGUGUAUUAUUUUUACUUCUGUAAAAACACAGAAGUAUUUAAUCACUAUUUCUGUAAUGCAUGUGGGAUUGGCAGUAAUGGAAUCUAGUGUCCUAUAUUUGCUGUUUCAUUGUCUUCACACAGUGGUCUACUAGAAGCUGGAAAUACACUGAAUUGGUAACUGUUAAGGAAUGAAUUUUGUUAAAAGUAGGAUGAACUCAAACUUCUGGAAAACAAAUUUUAUAGAAUACGGCCUUCAAAAUGUUCUUAGCUUUAGCUUCUGAGUUUUGUCACUCAGAAGCAGAUACAACUUGUCUGAGAUUUAAAAGUUUUGUAUGACCUUGUGUCAUUUCUGUUUCUCAUGAUAAUUUUAACAACAAUCAAUUAAAAGGACUAUAGAAAGGAUUUAUUUUUGCAAUUGUGAUUACUAAAACAGUAAUGUAAAUUUAGUGAACGUUAAGCAGGGUAGCCCAAAUUAUGUGUUUAUGAAUUUUUCUGAGUUACAUGUAUAAUUUAAAAUUAGGUUUUACUUCUUAACAAAGUUUUUUAAUUAUUUUCACAAUAUGUUAAAUGAUUGGAGGCUUCUGAACUAUUCACAAGUAAAAAAGCAAUCCCUAAAGUAUUUAAUUUUAACCUGUAUUAGUAUUUUCUUCAAGCUAAGAAAAGAGUAAGAGUAGAAAUGGAUGAAUGUGAGAAGUGAUUAAGGAUGCUCCCUCCUGGAUUGUCUGUAUUUUUUGUCCUGUUUUGUAGUCUUCAGUUAGAUGGGAAAUAUUUAUUUUAUGGAAACAUGCCUAUUUUUUUAUGAUGUUUGUACAACUGAUUUGUAGAAGAAACCUGCUGUGCAAAUUACCAUGGAAAUCACUUGACCAUUCUGUUUCUGUAAUUGUUCUUAAUGCAUUGGUUGGCACACAUUGCACAAACGGUCAUUGUUUACAUUAAAUUAAUAUAAGUAGUUUUAACGAGAGUCCUUUAACAUGUCUAAUUGUAAAUUGAGUAGUGAAACAGAAUAAAGACAUUUCUUUAAUA